UGCAGCCAAAGCCACGUCAUAUUUUGUAUGCUUUGUGACUUAGGAGUGUGGAGUAUUUCUCGAUCCUCUUAUAAAAUUUACUUUUAAACAUCCGAAAAUAUGAAUAUAUUUCGACUCUUAGGUGACUUAUCACAUCUUCUUGCAAUUAUUAUUCUUCUUCUCAAAAUAUGGAAGACACGAAGCUGUGCCGGUAUUAGUGGCAAAUCGCAAAUUUUAUUUGCAAUUGUAUAUACAACGCGUUAUCUAGAUUUGUUAACAACAUAUAUAUCAGCAUACAAUACAUUUAUGAAAAUCAUUUUUAUUGCAACUUCCUAUACUACAGUUUUUUUAAUGUAUGUGAAAUUCAAAGCUACAUAUGAUCAUAAUCAUGAUACUUUUAGAAUUGAAUUUUUAAUUCUACCCACGUCACUGUUGGCAUUAUUAAUUAAUCAUGAAUUCACAAUUAUAGAGAUUCUAUGGACAUUUAGUAUUUAUUUGGAAUCUGUAGCAAUAUUGCCACAAUUAUUUUUGGUAUCAAAAACAGGAGAAGCUGAAAGCAUUACCAGUCAUUAUCUUUUCGCUUUGGGAUGUUAUAGAGGCUUAUAUCUAUUAAACUGGGUGUAUCGUUACUAUGCAGAAAAUUAUUAUGAACUAAUUGCUAUAGUUGCUGGUUUAGUGCAAACAAUUCUUUAUUGUGACUUUUUCUACCUCUAUAUUACCAAAGUAUUGAAAGGCAAAAAAUUACAACUACCUGCUUAGUUGUAUAAAAAUAUUAUCAUGAAGAAUUCUAUAUUGCUCAAAUGAGCAAUAUCAUCAUUAAUUAAAUUUAUAUAAUAUAAAUUUUGGCAAUCUUUAAGAAAUCGAGGAAUGCUCGUGUACAAAGUAUACAUUUUAUUAAUUGUAAAGCAUUCCAUUUUGUUGUAUUUUCAUCACAAAACAUCCAUGUAUAAUUUUUCAUCUUUAUCCUAUAUAGUUACAUUUAUAUUUUAAACUGUUACUUUCUCAUUGGUUUUUCAGCAUAUUGCAUCUUUAAAUAAUAUAUAAU